AUGAACUUUUUAUCACAACAGAUGGGGACAUGUCCAGAUCGGCCAUAUAGCUGCAAUGUGUGUUCAAAAACCUUUGUUAAAAAGCAACACCUGACGGCUCACAGGAGAACCCACACGUGGGAGAGGCCCUUCACAUGUGGUCAGUGUGGAAGGAGUUUGCGCCAGAACUCUACACUCACCACGUAUCUCUGGAGCCAUGCUGGCCACAAGCCUUUUCACUGCAACUGUUGCCCAAAGAGCUUUAGCCGUAAAACAGACUUGAUUGCCCACAAAAGAAGGCACACAGGGGAGCGUCCUUAUGAAUGUUCUUUUUGCUGGGAGAGGUUUAUACGGAAGAAGUCUCUCAAGAGACACCUCGAGAAACAUACCGCUGGAAAGCUGGCGCCUCGCUGGGUGAAUAACCAUCCUAAAUUGGAGCCGAGCAGCAGCGUUGAAAUAAUGAUACCAAAGUACGAGGAAUGUCCUACUGUGGGGCCACCAACUCUUGCAUUAUCUGAACUCACAGCACAGCUCUGCUUUAAGUGGAACGCUGACGAGCAGCAGGUGGAAGCAGACAGGGCCACAGUUCUGCUGAUGAGCCACGGAACAGCCUCAUGUGUAUCUACAGAGCGGGUGAAGGUGGAGGAGCAGGUAGAGGAGAAGCACAUUCACCAGGAAGUUAACAGGAAGCACCAAACCACCCAGACAGCGAAAAAGAGAAUGGUACAAGGGUACCAAGUGGUUCUGAAGGAGUUAAGAGUGCGGAGAGCCUGGGUGCAGCAGGAAUGGAGAACCAUGAAGUUAAAGCUGGACCAGCUAAGUGAAGAGAUAAAGGAGCUUAAGGAGAUGGUGGGCACGCUAUGUGCUGCAAAAACCUUGACAAGCGCUGGUAGAUCUACAGCAGAACCAAGUACUCCGGUGCUGUCUACACCAUGCCCAGUGUGGAGUAACUCUGAGCGGAUUUCUGGUCUCCAGUCUGAAGACAAGCUGUCCAUAGCUUCAGGCAGGGCCUCUCCUGAGAGCAGCUUGCAGGAUGCAUAUGAUUUUCUCACUGAGGAGCACAGGGAACAGGGCUCAUGGAUUUAUGUCACCUCUUCAAAUGAAGAAGAAGAUUUGAUGCCCUCUGCAACAGCAGUGUACCCAGUGAAGACCGAGGAUGAGGGUGAGCCAAUUUCACCACAGUACUCGGCACUGUAUCGGGUGGGGGAACGAUUGCCUAAUAUCACCAUGCUUCCUUUGAGUGCAGAACGGGAGUGGUCCCUACUUUCGAGGUGUGGGGGGAAGCCAGGCAGGUUUGCUGCACUGAUUGUACCAUUUGACAUUUACAAGGGGUGGGUGAACCUGGAUGGAUUGAGGGGCAGAAAGGGUAUUCCGCUCAAUGUUAAGAACCAGAUGAUGGGAAUUGUGGAGCGUCACAACCUAAGAAAGUCUGAGCACUGUGAGAUCCGCAAUAGAAUCAAUGAGCAGCUGCAAACCAGACGUAAAAGUGACAAACAUCCCAAUUCAUUAUACUGA